AUGUGUUUCGAUACCAGUGGGUUGGAAGGGAUCAACUCCUUCGGCAAGUCUGCCUCCUUAAAAAGUUUGAACCGUAAUGGGUUGAAUUAUCCCGUUUUUCGAAAACUACUUUCGGACUUUGUUUUGAUUUGCCCAAACAUGCUGAAGGACAACACACCCAGUGAUACACCGGCUGGUAACACCCUGCUAAGUGAUAUUGGCGUUCUUACUGUGACGGCGGACUUGAUCGACAGGGCACAACUAAGUUUCAUCAAGCCCAGGUCCACCGUGAUGCUUCAUGAAAUCUUGCAUAUGGUGACCAGAUGGGAUCAGAGCGGAAACACUGUGGUAAGCGGACAAAACAUGAUUGUGGAUCAUAGCUAUCUUAUGAUGGACUGUCUCGCCUUGGCACUCGAUCCCUAUGCGCUCGUUACAUCCUUGGCAAAGUUUGCUUAUCAGAAUACUGAAAAUUACGUCCAUUUUGCUUUGGCUUGGUGGUACUAUAACUCGAAGACUGUGGGAACCGCGAUUCCGGCCACCUUUUAUGCUGGAUUUCUUCAAAAGUGGGACCAUACCUAA